GACGGAAGGCUCACAGGGCAGACGCUUUGGAACGGGCAGGUGGGGAGCCCCCAGCAAUGCCCCUGCCCCGCGCCUGAGGACGGCAUGGAGCUGAGAGUUCUCCUCCUGUUGCUGCUCUGCUGCCCAGGUCUCCCAGCCCAAACACCUGAAGCUGAGAUUAGCCAACGGGAAGGAAGCACGUUCUCUAUCGAGUGCCCUUACGCAACACAGCCUGACAACAAGCAACUGAAAGCCUGGUGCCGCCUGAGGAACGCACGAUGCGAGCUUGUAGUGCUGACACUUGCCUCAAUGCAGUACAGAUACUCAGACAGGGCCAGGCAGGGCCACAUUACAAUACAGGAUGGCAACAGGACCGUGUCCAUCACCAUGUCUGAGCUCCAGGUAGAGGACUCAGGCAUAUAUUCCUGUGUGUAUAGCAGCAACUAUGUUCUACUGAAGACCGUCUCGCUGAAUGUUUACAAGGAGUUACACAGGCAGGAGCUGGACGGUCUGUCCGUGCAGUGCCCAUACGGGGCCCUGGGCCACAGCGGGGGAAGAAAAGCCUGGUGCCAACAACGAGGUGAGGCUGAGUGCUCACUCCUAGUGAGCACACGUUACUCUCACACAUGGGGCAGCAGCGGAAGAGUCUGGAACAGAAGCAGCUCAAUCCAGGAUGAUGCCCAGAGAGGGAUUGUCACCAUCACCAUGGACAAGCUGCAGGCACAGGACUCUGGUGUGUACUGGUGUGCGCUCUACAGCCCCUUUCAACGCCCUGCAUUCACCCGGAUAAUGGAGGUCAGGCUCUUUGUGGACAAGAUACCAGCUGCAACGACUUUGUCAGUUACUACAGGCUCAAGUCAGAAAAACUCUUCUGGCAACAGCACACAGCCACGGAACACCAUCAUAAUCUCUGUGGCUCUGUGCAUCCUGCUCAUCCUGGCAUUGGUCAUCACAACAACACUGGGCAUCAGGCAGCGCAAGAAGCAGAAGACAGGAGGUAACAGACAAGCAGAGGACACGUAUGACAAACCAGAGAGCCCAGCACAGCUUGAGAGCACUGAAAGAAUGGGAAGAACCACAGAUGACAGCAGAGAUCUAAAUUACAUUACUCUGGACUUUAAAUCCCAGCUCAGCUCUGAUGAACCUCUCUACUGCAAUGUUGAACUGAGUCAGACUCCCAGGAAACCCACAGAGGAAAAUGUGGAAUAUGCCAUCAUUGCACACAAGCAGUUACCUAAGAAUGACAAAGGAUGAAGCACAGAAUUCUAAAGCAAUCCAGAAAUGGGAGAACUGCAAUAUAAAGUGGGAGUGGAGAACAGUACACGAACACUGGGGAAAGAAUUAAGGUUUUGCUGCCACAUGUACAUUGCCUAUGCAUUUUAAGACCUCUUUCUUUCCUUUUAGAAAUUUGUGAUAAGUGUGCAGAUCCUCUUAGGUCAGAGGUGCUUGGUAACUCUCAGGAUCAACUGCAUGUUUGCUUUUUUGAUUCCAUUAAAAUGCAGCCUCUCUGGGAGAGGCAGGUGUGCAGGACUCUCCCCUUGCUGCCACUGGGUUUGUUUGUAGUGGGUGGCAGAUAUGAGCACUGGGUUCUAGGAAUAAGCAGAACCAGCAUCUGCCUGAAGGCAGGUGGCUUGAGUGUACUGCACCAAGCUGAAACAGUGCUCUGCGAGUUGUGAAGCUGAGGGUCCUGCUGUAAGAAUCUGAGCACCAGGAGGUCUUCUAAGAACCAAACAGUGGUGCACAUCACAGUGCAUACCGUUUUUGAUACUUUAUGCAAAUUCCUACGUUUAUCAGCCUGCCUAGGUAAGAAAUAAGAUGGAAAGAGGCUUUCAAACUAAAGCUAAAUGCCCACCCAUUAAUCAAGAAAAAGGGCACAUGUGCUAGGUAUGGGUGUAGGAGGGAAAGAAGGUGAGGCACUACUGAGUGCAAGCACAGACAUUCCUUUAAAGACCUCCUCAUCAGAGGCUUUCAUUCUGUUCAAAAGCUUGUGGCUGGCUUGCUCUUACAGCUGUUCCUCAAGAAGACACAAACUGGCUGCUUGAACCAAAGCAGCAUGGAACAGAGACAAAUGAAAGAGCAUGGAAAAGAGAAAACAAAAGAUGAGUGUUUCUGGAGAAAGGAAGGAAGGGAGCACGUGGCACCACGUCCAAGGAAUGCACGGGGCACUGGGUGUUUUGAACAGCAUUUGCCAUCUGCCAACUGCACAAGUGAGCCCUGAGCCAGACAGGAGGAAAGUCCAUACAGACAGCAGCACAGAGCAAAAAAACUGACAGAAGAAAUCGGCAAUCCUGCCCACGGCAGGGGGUUGCAAUUAGAUGAUCCUUCAGGUCCCCUCCAACCCAAGCUGUUCUAUGAUUCUACCAUAAGCUUAGCAAAGUUUCAGGAAGUACUGCAAAGACACCAGAGGAAGAAGUAUGAGCACAAGAGGGCUGUUUUCAACAGCAGGUGAUACAAGAGAAAGGAAAUGCUGGUAAUUCAAGAGUAGAUUACUUACAGAUAUAAAUGUCCAAGUAAAUUGCAUACAUAAUACAUUUAUAAAUCCCUGGUGCAGCUCUGAUGCAGGCUUCCAAGAGUUGCCAAAGAACACUGGACUGGCAGGGACCUGACCAGCCCCCUGCUGUCCUGAAUAACCCCACCAUAAACCAGGACACGUACUCCCAAUGGACUUGCUCUCUAGGCUCCCAUCACACACCUCUGAAUCAACCAUUAGCCAGACUGAGAUGCAGCUCUGUGUCCCUACAGCACUGUGCUCUACUCACCCUGGCACCAAAUAAAAGCCCUGACACUUCCUAGGCUGCACCAAGCUCUGCAGAUAGGUGGCAGAUCAAAGACGUCUGGACCACCUGUUAUUCACAGGCCUGUCUUGCUAUGGCUGCAGCAAAGAUGCAGGUUUGUUCUUUGAGACUAUCAGAGUUGACCCAUUUAACUUGAAAUGAAAGGAAGAAAAUGGAAAAAAUCUGGAAAAGGACCUCAGGCUACGACUCCCCUAACUAUUCAUACAGUCAGUUACACUGGGUCAAACAGUAGAAUAGUAAUGGUAAAAAAUAAUAAAAUGCAAGAAAUACAUUUUCAGGAUCACAGUUGCUUCUCAUGAAAGAGAAUCCAGGCUUGAGCUUUUUGGUGCAAGAAAUAAAAAAAU